UUACCUGCCUUGGGAAACAAAAGGAAAUUAUUUUUAGUGUUACUGUAAAUUUUUUGGUGUGAAAAAACAUGAUUUUGUGUGAUAGACACUAAGAGGUUUUGAUGUUCAAACAACAACCUUUGUCUGAAAACCAACGGGUAAGAGUGAAGAUGGAAGGCCUGAUGGCCGAUGACGGCAACUCGUAAGGAAAUCCCCGUUCCAUGCCAGGUGUGCUAAGAUUUAACGGUUAUUUAUUGGCUGUUAUCAACCUGAAGGAUUAAAAUAGCAUAUCAUUAAUAGUAGAAUCACUAACGUUACAAACAAGCUUGCUUAAGAAGCACAGCUCCUACUUGGAUUUAUUCUAAGGAAAGAUUCAAAAUAACUUCUCCAAGAAAAUUAAUAUGAAUUAAAUGUUUUAAAGAUCAUGAAGAAAAAACGGAAGGAGCUUGGAUUCGGACUUUCCUGUACCUGGAGAACGUAAGAUACAUAUGACUGUGAUUAAGAAUUCUCAAGAUUUCUUAUUCUAGUAUAUAACUGACUUAUCCAAAACCAUCACUCAGGCUCCGGAAUAGCUGAGAGUGAGAGAUGUUGAAACGUGAUGUGUAAAGCUAUAAAGACGUGGAUUGCUAGGUCCGAAUUAUCUUUUGAUCAUGGAAACUAAAUGAUGGUGCUAGCUAGAGUUUAGAAGUAUUCUGCUAUUUCUGUUUUGUUAUGCAUCAUACAACAACAAUCAGCAUAUAAAGCUUAGUAAAAUAUUUUAAUAGGUGUUAGUACUAGUAGUAGUAAUUAAUUCUAUAUAACAGUUGUUCACUUGAACGAAUUAUCACAUUAAGUUGUAAUAUAAAAUAAAAGUAUUUGUAUUUUAAACGACUCAAUAUUUGGCUAUGUAAUGACAAUAGUUGUUUUAGAACUACAAGGUUAGCUUGAAAGUUGAAGAAAAAUAAAAUGAAAGUGACUGUGAACUUUGGAGAUGUUGGUGUCAUAGUACCCUGUGGAGAUGGAAAUAUUCUGGUAAGGGAUCUUAUGAAGCUUGCUAUCACCAGAUACAAAAAAGCAUCAGCUAAGGCCACCGAUUCAUGGGUGACUAUCCUAAAGCUGAAAAGCUCCAGUGACGGAGGUAUUCUCGACCCAGAUGAUCAACUUAAUGACGUAGCAGACGACCGUGAACAGAUUAUUGCCAUUUACGAGGAGCAUCCAUUGUCUCGUCCACCUCACAACAAUGGGGAUGGUACAAGUGCUAGUUCUGCUGGCACUGGCAGUCCAGACAUAUUUAAUGGAGACAAAGCAGACAGUGUCCAGGAAGACCCCGAGUCUUGCAAUGAUAUAGAUGUAGAAAUAACUGCAGCUCAUAUUUCUACAGGCACCUCCGUUUUGCAAGUGAGAAGGGGAAGUGAACCUGCUCUUAAUUGUCUUGAACCACCUGAAGCAGAAACUGUCAUAGAACCAUCUGCAACUACUCCAGGAACACCAGUUAAACAAGUGCUGGAAGACAGUUGCUCAAAAUACCCAGAUUAUUUUGAGGAAAGUCUGGGUGAACCUGAAUCAAUGCCUUUUGAAAACAAUAUGGCAACAGAGGAAGAGAGGUCUGAUUUUUUACGUAUUGGGGUUCGUAGUUCUGCUCGAAUGUCCAUAUUAGCUAAUGGUAUAGAGGCCUCUCGAUGGGAAGAAGCAGCUCAAAAACAGCUUGAACAGAUGAAAAAUGUGGAGAGAAAAGAGCCAGUAGGAGGACCAGUAGCCACGACCAGCCUUUCAGAAGAGGAUAGUGUAGAAAAUGAUGACAAGGUAAUUACUUUAAAAAAUGAACCAGGUCCUCUUGGCAUCCAUGUUGUUCCUGAACAUGACUCCUAUGGAAGGGAUACUGGAUUAAUAGUGCAGGGAGUAGAACCGGGUAGUAGAGUGGACAGAGAUGGAAGGUUACAGGUCAGUGACAGGAUAGUUCAAAUCAAUGAGCAAAGUCUAGUCCAUGUUAGCUUUCAAAAAGCUCAAGAAAUAUUUAAGAAUGCUCUUAAAGAUCCAGAGAUUCGAAUUCGACUCAGAAAGGGAUCUGAGUCAUCUUCCCAAGGCAUUCUGUCACCAUUGGAAAAGGAAAGUGUUUCCUCUCUAGAAAAGGCUAACCUGCAUGACAAAACUUUAGUGGAAGAAACAGAAAAAGAACAAACAAAUGCAGAUAACUUAUUCGUUCCAUCCAGUAAAGGACAGUCAAUCACACUAGGUCAGAAGAAUUUGCUACUUACAUCUAACACCAGGAAAAUAGGAAGAAAACUUCAAGUAAAACUAGCAAAAGGACCUGAUGGCUUAGGUUUCAGCAUUACUACCCGGGAUAAUCCUGCUCGUGGUCACUGUCCUAUCUACGUUAAGAAUAUUUUACCCAAAGGAGCUGCAAUACAAGAUGGAAGACUUAAGGCUGGAGAUAGACUUUUACAGGUUAAUGAAAUUGAAAUGACAGGCCUUUCCCAAGCUGAAGCAGCAGCAGUUUUAAGAAAUAUCUCACCAGGUAGCAUUGUAACUCUAGUUGUAUCAAGGCAAGAUGUUGAUGCACUAAUAAACCCUAACCUUCCUCGGCAGCUGCCACCAGAAAAGGCAGGUGAUGGUGUUGGGAUAUAUCCUUGGCAGCACAAAGAGGUGUUAACCUUUGAUAUUCCUUUAAAUGACACGGGAUCAGCAGGGCUUGGAGUCAGUGUUAAAGGUCGCACAUCAAUGAAUCCUACCGGACCAGUAGAUUUAGGGAUUUUUGUAAAGUCUGUUAUUCAUGGAGGAGCUGCUUCCAAGGAUGGGCGACUUAUAGCAAAUGACCAGUUGCUAAGUAUUAAUGGAAUUUCCUUGCUCAACAUGACAAACACAGAGGCUAUGAGGACUUUGAGAAGGGCGAUGAUCGGAGGUGAAGUCUCAAGUAUUAUACCAGAUGCCAUCACUCUAAAAAUUGCUCGCAGAAUUUCAUCUCUCAGUGUUGGUGAAACAGGUGAUGAAAGUCAGGUUUUAUUUGUUUCAAAUCAUCUAAACGAUUCGGUAUUUAGCUCCGAAAGUGAUUCUAGAUGUGAGUCACCAGAAGGACAAAACGUUUCUGUUAAAAAGGAUACCAAAGCAAGUAGUGUAAACAUGGGAAAAAAUAAGGAAGAAGGGCAGUCAAAGAACUUUAGAGCUGUCCUUACUCCUAAAUCGAGUUCAGAUUUUGAUGAAAACAUGAAUCAAAGAGAAAAUAAAAUUCUUGAUAAAAAGAAUCUCAUUUUUGAUCCUCUCCUUGCUGGUAGAAAUCCUGUAAUUGAGAGAUUAACAGGACAAGGGCCCCACACUCAAACAAAUAGGGGAAGUGCUCUUCGUAAUGAAUCAUACCUACGUGCAAGUCAUGAAAGCUGGGGUGGCAAUCAACUCUAUCAGGCUAUCUAUGGUCAUACUAAGCCAGUUGGUCACAUUUACAAGGACUUUGUACAGUCUCCAACAGUUAACAUGCCUUCCAGUAGUAGUGUAAUGAUUGAAGAUGAAUAUCCAAAAGCUAACCAACAAAUUAGAUCCAAAAGUCGGCCAGGCACUCCUGAGAACUUUCUUUCAACAUCUGAUUCAAAGAAAGAUACUAUAAAGGACAAUUCUGAGGAGACAAAAACUUCAGAAAUUAACAACAAAACUAAUCACAUUUCUCAUGAUGGAGAAGACUCUUUUAGCCUCUCCCGGGAUGGUUUUGGUCGUCAAAGUGUUUCUGAAAAGCGAAAUACACAUUUGGAUACCCACAACACAGACACUUUUCAACGAAACAAACGAACCAAGGAAGAGAAAGAGAAACAAAAACAGGUUCUGAAGAAUCAGCAGGAAAAGUUGGAGAAACAACAGCAGACAGAGGAUCAUCAAUUUCAUCUAAAGAAAUGGGAGAACAAUGCAUCAUCGCAGUACUCACAGUACAGAGAUCAGCCUGAUGCCCUAUCACCACAAAGAAACAUGAUUAUUAAGAAAGUGCCACUUCAGGUUGGACCAUUCCUUGGUAUGAGAAAAUCUAGCAGUUUAGAAAGUCUUCAGACAGUCAUGCAGGAGCUGAGAAGAGAAGAAACCUACACCUCAUCUAAUAAAAACUCUAACAGUAGAGGAACCAAAAAUGAACAUUCUCCUUCGACAGCUGAUCACUCUUUUGAAGGAACACUCGAAACAGAUACUCAGGACGAAGAAAGUGAAAGUGGAAGUUUAAUCAGUGCUGAAAGUCAUGGUUGUACUCCCCUGGUAUCUGUGUUGAAUCGUUCAUCCGCCAGCAAUGACCACAUCCUUGAUGAAGUUCUUAGUCCUCAUCGUAAAUCCUCAAAACGUGGCAAGAAAAAAGGUUUAUGGAAAGGAUUAGGUUCUGUGUUUAAAGUUGGUAAGAACAAGAAGUCACAAGGGAGCAUGAAGUUGGCUCAAGACCAUGAGUUAGAGGAAGGGGAAAGAACAAGGAAAGCUGCCCAGGAGCAGCAAGAGAAAGCACUGAAGCAGUACAGAGAACUUGUUGAUAGAGACAGAAAAAGCCAUGCAAUAUAUGGAUCUGCUCGUUUCCCUUCCACGAGCCCUUUUUCAACAAGAUCAACUCUUGUUACUGAACAAUAUCAUGAAAGACAGGAACGAUUACAGCAGCUUCAUGCUGAGCAUCAGAAGAGACGUGGUCAUUACGUGAAGGAUGAAAUGGAAGAGCUUUAUGAGAAAGAAAUAAGAGAAGCAUUGGCUCGACAACCGUUGGAUUUAGACCCUCUUCAAAGUACUGCUAAGUUCGAUCCUGCUACACUUGAGCAUUAUAAGAAUAGCAGUGAAAUUCAUUACCAUCUUCAACAACAAGGGUUGAGGUCAUCAGAACAACAGCCCCCUCAGAGACACCACACUACAGCAGCAGCACCACCACAUCUGGCUAGUCUUCCACCUGAACUCAGACAGGAUAGGGGUUUUUCUAGAUAUUAUGAGAUUAAUGGAAAACAAACAAAAAGUGUAUCAACAAGUGGAAGUUCCCAGGUUCCAUCACAGACAAUGAAAAAACCAUCCCCUCCACCCUACGAUCAUCCUCACUACCAAACUCUACAGCCACAGAUCUAUGGAACCACAAAACAAAAGACUGUGCAAAAUGUCAGUUAUUUAGAUAGGCAACUUUUACACAAUUCUAGUCUGGGGAAAGGGCCUUUACUGGUGAAUUCAGUUUACUCUUUGAGUUCUUGUCAAGACACAAGAGCUGGUGACUCAAACGUUUGA